CCUUUUAUUAUUUUUUAAAUCUGUUAAAUAUGAUAAUAGUAGCUACACGUGUCAAAAAUGCAAAGAUUUACCAUCAGGCGGCUUUUGUUUUGAAAGGCUUGGAGCGUCCAAAACGCUGGCUACUGCUUGCCGGAGCUGGUGAGUCUCAAAGCAGAACGUUGGUCGAACAGAGCAUGGCACGGCUAAUACGGCCUCUGAGGCAAUGGCCGCAGUUGCAGCAGCACCAUCACUACUGCUGCUCACGGACAACACUCCAUCAUUUCCUCUACACUCCCUUACCGCUCACAAUAUCGGCUAAAACUACCGCCCCAUGUUUCUCUUUCGCCACUUCGACUUCGUUCCGCGGAAAAGCCCGUCACCGCCCAUGCGGAGUCAGAUUACGCAAUGCUCCAGCUCCGUCUGAUCUCCAAGACGGUGAAACCAGCGACUCGGAUUCAGAUGUAAAGAAGAGCCGUAACCAGAAGAAGCGCGAGGCUCGACGCGCCGUCCGUUGGGGCAUGGACCUCGCUUCCUUCUCUACUCCUCAGAUUAAACGCAUCCUCAGAGUUGCUUCUCUUGAACAAGAUGUGUUCGAUGCUUUAAUGUUAGUUAAGAGACUCGGCCCUGAUGUUAGAGAGGGAAAGCGAAGGCAGUUCAAUUAUAUUGGGAAACUGCUUCGGGAAGCAGAACCUGAAUUGAUGGAUGCUUUGAUUCAGGCUACAAAAGUUGGUGAUCAGAAAACCCUUCAGGCUUUAGCAGGUUCAAAGAUGCAAAUCCUGCAAGAAGAAGAAGAAGAAGGAGACAGUGAUGAUCAAUUCGAAGAAAUUCAAUACGAGUUUAUCUUGUUGGGGUUUUACAUGCAGAGUUCACAGGAGUAUGUCAACAUUGCAAAUAGAUGGUUUGAUGGGUUGAUCAGUAAAGACAUUAACAUUACAAAUGAAGUAUAUUCAGUUAACAGCAUUGAUUUUGAUCGUCAGGAAUUGCGAAAACUUGUUCGAAGAGUGCAAACGAUUCAAGAACAAAGCCAAGCUGUGACGGACGAAGACAAGGCAAAAAUAGAAGCGGCGGUAACGAGUGCCAAAAAGUCCCUCACCCGUUUUCUUCGUACCCUGGCUAGGCAAUUGCCGACCGAAUACAGUUUUGAUUAAAUUGAUCUGUAACAUCAGUAUUUUGUACCAUAAGUAAUUCAUUCCCUGAAUGCUUAUUAUAUACUACAUAUGACAAGAACCUCGUGUUAGAAAUUGCAAAAUCCUUUGGAGUAUGAUGAGAACACAAGCCCAAUGUUUAAAUGAAGGGUGACCCAACAUGCCUAAGUCGAUAAGCUAUAUGUUAGGCUUAAUUGGGUUGGAUGAAUUUGUCAUGCUAAAAAGACUCGUGGGCUUGACUGUUUUGCCUUGUCUAACAUAAAAUCGUAAGCUCUGGCUUUCUCUUUGACUA